GAUCGCCACAGAAAGCAGUUAUCAUCAGCCUGAGUACUGUUGCCGGGAUCAUGUUGUUUGCAGUAUUUGUGUUUGGUCUUUGCAAAUGGAGAGCUAAGAAAAGAGGAAACUUCAGAAAAUUUUCAAGGCUCCUUGACUCGGUCGAUAAACCUGAAAAGCCGGGCAAACUGCUACAAGGAAAUGCAUGGAAAGAGCAGCUGAAGCAAGAUGAUGCACUGGAAUUGACCCUUUUCAGCUUUAAUAACAUACUACUUGCUACCGACAAGUUCAGCACGACAAGUAAACUCGGGCAAGGAGGGUUUGGCUCUGUUUAUAAGGCAAAGAUGGAUGAUGGGAAAGAGGUAGCUGUGAAAAGACUUUCGAGUAGCUCUGCCCAAGGUGUUCAAGAGUUCAAGAAUGAGAUCGUCCUAAUAUCAAAACUCCAACAUCGAGAUCUUGUUAAGCUCAUGGGUUGCUGCACUGAAGGAGAUGAAAAGAUUUUGGUAUACGAGUACUUGCCGAACAAAAGCUUGGACACCUUUCUUUUUGAUUCAAGAAAGAAGGCAGAACUCGACUGGGGCAAACGAUUCCAAAUUAUUGAGGGAAUUGCAAGGGGGCUUCUCUACCUCCAUCGAGAUUCUUGCCUUAGGGUCAUACACCGUGACUUAAAAGUGAGCAAUAUUCUCUUGGAUGAAAAGAUGAACCCGAAAAUUUCGGAUUUUGGGCUAGCACAGAUGUUCGAGGGCACUCAAGUUUUGGUGAACACUCACAAAAUUGUUGGAACACUUGGCUAUAUGUCUCCUGAAUAUGCCAUGGGCGGGAUAUUUUCCGAGAGGUCCGAUGUCUAUAGCUUUGGAGUGUUGCUCCUAGAGAUCAUUAGUGGCAGAAAGAAUACGGCCCUGUAUGACCAGGGAUAUCUCAAUCUCCUUUCCUACGCAUGGCAAUUAUGGAGUGAAGGCAAAGCAUUGGACCUAAAGGAUGAAGCAAUUGAUGUUAGCUUUCCAUUGGAGGUAACAAGAUGCAUCCACGUCGGGCUGCUCUGUGUUCAGGACCAUGACAUGAAUAGACCAAACAUGACGAAUGUGGUUAUGAUGCUAAGCGGUGAAUCAGAUCUUCCUCAGCCGAGACAGCCUAUAUUCACUUUCCAAACUGAAAUGCCAAAUCGUACUAUUCCAUCGCAGCAAGAAAGCAUCUGGUCCGUUAACACUGUCACUAAUACAAUGGUCAAAGGAAGAUGACGGCUAUCUUUCUUCAUGUUUAUUUUCCUUUGUUGGCAGAUGAUUAAGUUGUUAUUUUCCAAGGCAUUAGUGUUUAUUCGAUUCAAGAA